AUGUCCACACAGUCCACGUUCGAAAAGGCGCUACUGCACUGGUCUGAAGUCAAUCUCCCGCAAUUGCAACAAUCAUUGGAUGAUCCAGCUACUCAGAUCCAUCAAACCCAAGAGGAAACCCUUUCUUCACGUAAAACUUUAGCUCAACGUACCAAAGAAUUUAAAAAAUUAGAAGAAGAUUCUAAAUUGAAAGAAAUUAAACCUUUAUUGAAACUAUAUCAAACAGAAAUUGAUACUUUAACAGAAAGGGCCAAAUUAAGUGAAGGUGCUUUUUUCAAUGUUUAUAGAGCUAUAAGUGAAUUACCAGAUCCAAAACCAUUAUUAGAAGUUUCAUUAGAUAGUGUUCUUGUUGCUCAAGAAGUUGAUUCAUUAAAGAAAGAAAAUGAAAAUCUAAGAGAUGAAUUAUUAAAAUAUGCAGAUUAUGAACAAUUAAAACAAAGAUUAUUAAGAUCUGAAGAACAAAAUGUUGAACAAUUAAAUAAUAAAUUAAAAUUAAAAGAAGAAGAAUUAAAAGGUGAAUUUGAAGAAAAAGAAUCAAACUGGAAUGAAAAAGAAAUCAAUUAUCAAAAACAAAUUGAUUCAUUCCAAAAACAAAUUAUUGACUUGAAAACUCAAAAUGAAGUUGAUGGAUUAAGAUUACAAAAUCAAGCUUCAAUAGAUUUUGAUGAUUCAGGGAACUCAGUUAAGAAUGAAGAUUUAGAAUUCAUUAAAAGAGAAAAUGAAAAUGUUCAUCUUAGAAAUUUACAAUUAGAAAAAAGAAAUCAAGAUUUAAGUAAAGAAUUAAAAAUUAUUAAAAGUGAUUCAGCACAAAAAGAAGUUCAAUAUGCAAAUGAAUCUAAGAUUAAUCAAUUAGAAAGUGAAAAUGCUACAUUAGUUGCUAAAUUAGAUUAUGAAUCUCGUAGUUUUGAAACAAAACAACAAAAAUCCUCUACAGUUAUAAAUUCAUAUAAGAGAGAUAUUGAUCAAUUAAAUAAUGAAUUGAAAAAUUUGAAAAUCAAGAUGAAUUCAUUCAAAGAUUAUGAUGAUUUAAAACAUGAAUUGAAUACAUUAAGAACAAUUGCAUUUGGUUCAAAUGAUGAUGAUCAAGAUGAUCAAGAUCAAGAUCAAGAUGAUGAAGAAUUAGGUGAUGAACCAAUAAAAUCAAGUUCAUCAGGUCUUGAUGAAAUUUUAGUUUCAAGAAAUAAAAAAUUAACAAAUGAAAUUACAAAAUUUAGAUCAAAACAUGAAGAAUUAAAUGAAAAAAUUUUAAAUUUAGAAAAAUUAUUAAAUAAAUCAAAUAAUGAAGUUACAAGAUUAGUUUCAUUAAAUAAUCAAUUAGAAAAUGAUUUAAGUUUAUUUAAUCAAUCCAAAAUAUCAGAUAAUAUAAGUAUGAUUUCAGGUGUAACAAGAAAUACAAGAGCACCAAUUCCAACAACUAGAGGAGGUAGAUUAUCACCAACAUCAUCAAUAGCUGGUGGGUUAGAUCCUAGUACACAAUCAAAUGUUGAAUCUGAAUCAUCAGUAUUACCAAUUAUAACAUCACAAAGAGAUAGAUUCCGUUCAAGAAAUAUUGAAUUAGAAUCAUUAUUAAAAACCAAGACAAAUCAAAUUAAUGAAUUAAAAUCUCAAUUAAUUAAAUUACAAAAACAAAAUCAAGAAUUAUUUGAAAGAACAAGAUAUCUUUCAUCAUAUCAAGGUUCAGUUCGUCGUAAUAAUACUAGUAAUAAUUCAUUUACAAAUCAAUCAGAUCCUGAAAGACAAUUAGAACAAAGUUAUGAAGAAUCAUUACAUCCAUUAGCAAAAUUUAGAGCAAGAGAAACAGAACGUAUAAAUUCUAAAUUAGGUACAUUGGAGCGAAUUUUCUUAAGUUUUGCUAAAGCUAUCUUAGCAAAUAAAACAUCAAGAUUAUUAUUUUUAUGUUAUUGUUUUGGAUUACAUUUCUUAGUUAUGAUUAUGAGUAUUUAUGUUAUGAGUUUAUAUGGUGCUUUAACUCCUGAUGUUGGUAUUGUUGAUAAAUCCAUGUCUGGUAAAACUCAAGCAAUUCCAUAA